CCCCACCCCCCCACCCCGUUGAAACCCUAGGUGGCGGCGGCAGCCCGCGGGCAUCCAUCGAUGGAGGACUUCGCGCGCGCGGUGGAGGACGGGCUCAAGCUGUCGAAGCGGCUGGUGCUGCCGGGCGGGCUUCCCCCGCCGCGCCCCCCCACGGGGAUGGAGCGGGGCCCCGACGCGGCGGUCUCGCAGCUGCUGCUGCCCACGGCGCCCAUGGCCUACGCGGUGGUGUCCGACCCCGGCGCCGUCGACACCCCCGACGUGCCCAGCUACCAGCCCUACGUGUACGGCCGCCUCGACCCGCCCGCGCUGAUCCCGCUGCAGAUGAAGGAGAUCGACCUGGCCGCGGACUGCACGCUCGACGCCGCCGCCGUCACCCUGCGCGCCCGCUGGUGGCUGCACUGCAUCACGCGCAGCCGCGAGUGCGACGUCCGCCUCGUCGUGCCCAUGGGGGAGCAGGGUUCAAUUCUAGGCGCUGAGGUUACUGUUGGAAGAAGAUCGUACAAUACUCAAGUAAUCGAAGUAGAAGACCACACCAUGGAGAAUAUCGGUAAAGCUGAUACUGGGGGCUUUCUGAAACCCCAUAUGUUUUGCUUGACAAUACCACAGGUGGAGGGUGGAGCGGAUAUCGUAGCCACAAUUAGAUGGUCUCAGAAGUUGCACUAUGACAAUGGGCAGAUCUCAGUCGACAUACCUUUCCGUUUUCCGUACUAUGUCAACCCAUUACCAAAAGUAUUCAUGAAGAGGGAGAAAAUUCAAUUGACUGUGAAUAGUGGGUUUAGUAAAGAGGUUUUGUUGCAGGGUACAAGCCACCCGCUGAAGGAAAAGGCAAGGCAGGGUGAGAAGUUGUCUUUCUUGCAUGAAGCAAUUGUUGAGUUUUGGUCGAGCAAAGAUUUCACCUUUUCCUACAGUGUUUACUCUGGUGAUUUCUCUGGUAGUAUCCUCGUACAGCCUUCAACAUCACAGGAUUACGAUGAUAGAGAUAGGUUCAGCAUUUUUCUCUUACCUGGAAGUGGCAAUAGAAAGGUCUUCAAAAAGGCAGUUGUGUUUGUUGUUGAUACAAGUGGAAGCAUGCACGGAAAACCUCUUGAAAAUGUGAAGAAUGCAGUGUCUACCGCUCUUUCAGAACUCGCGCAAGGAGAUUACUUCAACAUUGUAACAUUCAAUGAUGAGCUCCAUUCGUUCUCAUCAUGUUUAGAGAAAGUAAAUGAGAAAACUACAGCAAGUGCUAUUGAUUGGAUGAACGGAAACUUUGUUGGUGAGGGUGGCACAGAUAUUAUGCAUCCUUUGAGUGAGGCAAUGGCAUUAUUGUCAAGCGUCCAUGAUGUGCUCCCACAAAUCUUUCUUAUGACUGAUGGAUCGGUUGAUGAUGAACAUAACAUAUGCCAAACUAUGAAAACUGAGCUCAUCAGCAGAGGACCUAAGUCUCCCCGCAUUUCUACUUUUGGACUAGGUUUACAUUGCAACCAUUAUUUCUUGCGCAUGCUUGCAUCAGUUGGCAAGGGGCAUUAUGAUAGUGCACUCGAGACAGAAUCUGUCGAGAGUCGAAUACUGAAGUGGUUCAGGAGAGCAUCAAAUACAAUUGUGUCAAACAUCUCCAUUGAUGCUACAAAACAUCUUGAUGAUUUUGAGGUGGAUUCUGAAUAUAUUCCAGACAUUUCAGCACAGUGUCCUUUAUGUGUAUCUGGACAAUACCGAGGCAAGUUUCCUGAGACAGUUGUAGCGAAGGGCUACUUGGCUGACAUGACAGAAAUCUCGAUUGAACUGAAGGUCCAGCAUAUAAAGGACACACCUCUUGAUGAAGUUUUGGCGGCACAACAGAUUGCUCUUCUCACAGCGAAGGCAUGGUUUUCUGCAGACAAACAACUGGAGAGAAAGGUAAUGGAUUUAAGCAUACAGAAUAGCGUUCUUUCUGAGUAUACAAGAAUGGUUGUACUUCAAACCAAUUUGGGUGCAGCACAAAAGGGUAAGCAGAAGACAAAAGGACACAAAGGCUCCAAUGAGCCACUACGAAUCCCUCUUCAUGGUCUAAAGCUCGGAUUUGGUGACAAAGCCGCCACCAGGGACAAUCUCCUCACAGGUUUUGGCGAAGAAAAGCCGCCGGAGACGCUAAAGAUAUUCAAGAAGGCAGGCGGGUGCUGCGGCCGCCUAGCUGACUGCCUCUGCUGCAUGUGCUGCAUCAAGGCAUGUAACAGGAUGAAUGACCAGUGCGCCAUCAUGAUGGCACAGAUAUGUGCGGCACUCUCGUGCCUCGGUUGCUACGAGUGCUGCUCCGAGGUGUGCUGCGGUGGGUCUGAGUCGUAGUGCCGGUCCCAGGCUUGUACAUAAUAGAGUAAACAGAGCAUCUUGCGUGGCAUAGCUGUGUAGCUUAAAUGCCUGAUCAGGAAUGAAUGAUCAGGUGAGUCUUCGUUGUACAACAUGUUCGUGAAAAUAUCAACUUUGGAUAGUUCGUGUAAGCUGGCUGGCCUAUGUGCAGUUACCGGGCGAAGGAGAAUUAGUAAACUAGAUUCCCAGAGAAGAGGGUAGAAAUUAUUUGCAGGAGUAUAUGAUCGCGAAAUGCUGUGUACUGAGAUGUUUCAGUCUGGCCAACCUUUCGGAUAGUACAUUUGAUUUC